AGAGGGUCUAUGUGAGUAGGGGUGAGUGAAGAGUAGGACCCCCAGUUUUGGGGCAUCUCCUGGUGGGUGUUGCUGGGGGCAGCCAGGAGAGCAAUUUGGGCUGCUGCCCCGGGAGCACAGGCUCGGCAUGGUGUUUGGGGGUGUCUGACAGGCUUGGGGCAUUUCCUGGGGAUGGGGGUGCCGGUGGCAGGUUUCCCUGCGUGAGAGACCCUCUCCUGGAGCGCAGCGGAGCCCCAGAGCCAGUGGCCAGAGGUGUGCGGUGCUGAUGGCCUUGCUGGCUGCCUGCAGAUGGCUUCGACAGCACGAGUGCGUGGAGAAGCUCAACAUGCAUGCCAUCCUGAGUGCCUCCACGGGCCAGGAGCAGCUCCUCACCGAGCUGCUGGUCACUUACGCCAAGAUUCCUGUUCUCAUUGGGGAGCUGAUCUCUGUGGAGAUCUGGAAGCACAAGAUCUUUCCUGUGCUGUGCCGACUGGAGGACUUCAAGCCAAGAAGCACCUUCCCCAUCUAUAUGGUGCUGCAUCACGAAGCCUCCAUCAUUAACCUCCUGGAGACGGUGUUUUUUUACAAGGAGAUCUGCGACUCCGCAGAGGACAGCAUUCUGGAUUUGAUUGAUUAUUGCCACCGAAAACUGACCCUGCUUGCCGCUCGGAGCGCCAACGGACAGAGAGUGGCCCCGGUGGAGCUUCGUCCUGAGGAUCUGGCCAGCCCUUCGUCCAUGCAAGAGCUGCAGAAGCAGGCGGAGACGAUGGAGUUUGAGAUUUCCAUGAAAGCCCUGUCUGUGCUGCGGUUCAUCACCGAUCAGGUGAAGAGUCUGCCCCUGAGCGCGCUGACACGGAUGCUGAACACCCACAACCUGCCCUGCCUCCUUGUCGAGCUGGUGGAGCAUUGCCCCUGGAGCUGCCGGGAAGCAGGCAAGCUCAAGAAGUUUGAGAAUGGCGCGUGGCACGUGGUGCCCCCUGAAGACCAGGUGAAGAUGACCAAACUCGAUGGGCAGGUGUGGCUUGCCCUCCUCAACCUCCUGCUCAGCCCCGAAUGCCAGCGCAAAUACCACUUUGACAGCUUCAACAAGAGCCAGCUCCUCAAGCUCCGUGUGUUCCUGACGGAUGUCCUCGUUGACCAGCUGCCCAACCUGGUGGAGUUGCAGAGAUUUCUGAGCCACCUCGCAGUGACGGAGCCAGCUCCCCCCAAAAAGGAUCUCAUCCUGGAGCAGGUUCCCAUUAUCUGGGACCACAUCCUGAAGAAAAACACAGGGAAGUGGGAGGCCAUUGCCAAGCACCAGGUGAAGCGCGUCUUCAGCCCCACCGAGGAGGAGCUGAAGCUCCAGGCCCGCAGGUGGGCACAGACCUACAGCCUGGACAUGAUGGAGGCUCUGGCCCCCGACAAGCCCCGCUGCAGGGUGUGCGGUGCGGAAGCGGGCAAGCGGUGCUCCCGCUGCCGGAACGAGUGGUACUGCACGCGGGCCUGCCAGGUCCAGCACUGGCAGAAGCACAAGGCUGCCUGCAACCUGUUGGCCGGGGCCCCGAGGGAUGGGGACGACCCCUGAGAGAAGCAGUGACUGGCAUCUGUCUGCUGGCCUGACGAGGCAGAGGUUCUCCCAGGGAGAGGAGAAGCCGGCACAGGCCCCUCCUGCCUGCUCCCAGGGCCAGGCAGCGCUGCCUGGGCUCGGCCUCUCCUCUCCUACCUUCUCCAAUAAACUUCCCUGUGCACCCCA